AUGCUUGCUAACAAGUACCCCACUCGCCAACUCGGCCGUAAUGGUCCGACAGUCAGCGCAAUUGGCUACGGUGCGAUGGGUAUCGGGGCGUGGUACGGUAAGACAGAUGAAGGAGAGGCUCUGGAGACGCUCACCUACGCCGCCGACCGCGGUCUGACUUUCUGGGACACCGCUGACGUCUACGGGACCUCCGAGGCGACGCUGGGCAAGUGGUUUACGAGCACCGGGCGUCGUGCCGACAUCUUCCUCGCGACUAAGUUCGGCUCGUUCGACACGACACCCGGCGUCGAGAACCAGUACAAGGCGAACAGCAAGCCAGCGUACAUCCGGCGCCAGCUCGAGAGCUCCCUCAAGGAGCUCCAGACAGAGUGGAUCGACUUGUACUACCAGCACCGUGUUGACAGCGAAGUCCCCAUCGAAGUCGUACUCGAGACACUGCGCCCAUACGUUGAGAGCGGCAAGGUCAAAUAUCUAGGCCUGAGCGAAUGCAGUAUUGACGUCUUGCGGCGCGCAAAGGCCGUUUCUGGCGUCGGUGAAAAGGUCGUUGCGGUCCAGAUGGAAUACAGCCCGUUCGAGCUCGGAAUCGAGUCGUCGGGUUUCGUCGCCGCCGCCCGAGAGCUCGGCGUGAGCAUUGUUGCGUAUUCGCCUCUGGGACGAGGCCUCAUCAGUGGAGAAUACAAGUCACGCAAAGACUUUGCCAAAGAUGACUUGCGCCUGAUCAUGCCCCGUUUCAGCGAGAAGAACUUUCCAAAGAACCUCGAGCUGGUGGACAAGUUUAAUAAAAUUGCGACAAAGUACGGGGCAACGCCGUCGCAAGCGACGCUUGCGUGGAUCCUCGCGCAGCACCCAGAUUUCGUACCCAUCCCCGGAACGCGGUCGGUGCGCCGUCUGGAGGAGAACGCGAAGGGCGCGGAGAUUGAGUUAAAGGACGAAGACGUGAAGGCAUUGAGCGCCGCAAUCAACGCUGCAGAUGCACAUGGGGCGAGGUACCCCGAGGCGUUUGCUAACAUAUGGUCGGACGAGUGUAUCGCUCUGAGCGAGUGGAAAGGGGAGCAGUACGGCUGCCGUUGUCCACAGAGCGCAUUUCUCGACGAGGACGCGGGGGCCGCGCUGUAUAGACAACAGAGAUGGGGCGUCACAGUCAUAAUUCAAGCUUGGCAAGACUUCCGUGUCUUCCCUCAUUCUCCCCCUGAGCAGCCUGGUCCCGUACCCAAACGUGUCGAAGACGAGCUGCCUAGCGCAGGACCGCCGCUUCUUCGUCCCAAACUCGGUGUGGAUUGCGACCUCGUGUACGACCAUUUCGACCCAAUCACGCAUGAGGACAUGGAUAGAGAAGUCUUGCAAAUGUUCGGGCCCCAUGAACCAAAACCCAUAGGAUAUUCUCCUACAGACCGUCGCGUCCACAAUUACAUGCGUAGUUUGGUAUACGAGGAUGGGAAGCAUGCGCAUGCAAGUGCACUUAUUCAUGCGCUGUUCGAAGUGACGCGCGAGAUCUCGUUCGACAACGUGGCAACCCCCAGGCGGUUCAGGUCGUACAUGAUGGACGAAAUGACGAUGCAAUCACAUAGACAAUUCCGCGAAGAUUUCUACACACAAGUUGCUAAACGAGCAGACGAGCUGCUGGAUCAAGAACGAGCUCAUAAAGCAUUUGACCGCCUUGUUGAUACCCUCAAUGAAGUAUCGCUCACAAGUAGACCUUUGGUCGUGUUAGAAUUCGACGGAGCUGAUCAGACCGGACCAGGUGGGGCUCCCGCUACGAUUAUUUUAUCUUGUGCCCGGGUGAAACUCAGCGGUGGUGGAGAGCAGUACUCACAGAAGAAUGAGCACAAGCCUGCGUGCCUCUCCCGGCGGCUUCCUCUUGAAACCAAUAGCAGGGCACAAGCGGAAAAACUCGACAAGUUAAAACUGGUCGAAUGGCACGCGCGUAGCCUUCUGGUGCUCGAUGAUCGCUUGGAAUGGUAUUGGAUGAUGCAGAAUCCUGACUUCGACGCACCGGGAGCGCUCAAGUCUGUCUUUGAAGACUUCGUGGUGGACAGAGGCGAACGGGGUGAGUUACCGGUUAUGCUCUUGUUCACGCUUGCUCGAGGUGUUGCUGUAGACCCGGUCAAUCAGGACGGGGUACCGAAAAGAAGGUGGGUCACUAUUUCCGCCUUGUUGGAAGGGUUUUUCUCCCGGUCAUCCCCCAACGUGGACGUGCUUGCCUCCCAUGGGUACAAGGUAUACUGGGAUUGCUCGAAGACCCAUACGCAGGCUCUCCAAGAGACAUUCCGGACAGCAAAGUGUACUUCACCACUGAGUCAAGAUCAACGAAGCGAAACUCUUCGGUGUGGACUAUCUGGUGCGCUUGAUGGCUAG